UUGCAUUCUAGAUCGCAUCACCGAAGAACAUUCUUGUUAUAGCCACGCAAUUGCAGCUUCUGGGCCUGCAGUUGUUUAACACUACCGAUCCAUCAGCAUGGCAAUCAAGUCCUGUCUACUGCUCCCUUUGGCACUGCUGCUUCUUGCCAGCAGCUCGCCGGCAGCGGGCCAGCUGGAGGUCGGCUACUACAGCAAGACAUGCCCGAACGUCGAGGCCGUCGUCCGAGAGGAGAUGGAGAAGAUCAUCUCCGCCGCGCCCAGCCUCGCCGGCCCGCUCCUCAGGCUCCAUUUCCACGACUGUUUCGUCAGGGGUUGUGAUGCCUCCGUCCUGCUCAACUCCACCGAGGGCAACUCUGCCGAGCGGGACGCCAAGCCGAACAGGAGCCUGCGGGGCUUCGGUUCCGUGGACAGGGUGAAGGCCAAGCUCGAGGCCGCCUGCCCCAACACCGUCUCCUGCACCGACGUCCUCACCAUCAUGGCGCGCGACGCCGUGGUCCUGGCCAAGGGCCCAUUCUGGCCGGUCGCGCUCGGGAGGAGGGACGGCAGGGUGUCGAGCGCCACGGAAGCGGCCGACCACUUGCCUCCUGCCUUCGGCGACAUCCCGCUGCUCACCAAGAUCUUCGCCGCCAACGGCCUCGACCUCAAGGACCUCGUCGUGCUCUCCGGCGCGCACACCCUCGGCACGGCGCACUGCCCGUCGUACGCCGGCCGGCUCUACAACUUCAGCAGCGCCUACAGCGCGGACCCAUCCCUCGACAGCGAGUACGCCGACAAGCUGAGGACGCGCUGCAAGAGCGUCGACGACAAGGCCAUGCUGUCCGAGAUGGACCCCGGCAGCUACAAGACCUUCGACACCAGCUACUACCGCCAUGUCGCCAAGCGCCGGGGGCUAUUCCAGUCCGACGCCGCGCUCCUCACCGACGCCACCACCAGGGAGUACGUCCAGCGCAUCGCCACCGGCAAGUUCGACGACGUGUUCUUCAAGGACUUCAGCGAGUCCAUGGUCAAGAUGGGAAGCGUCGGCGUCCUCACCGGUGCUCAGGGCGAGAUCAGGAAGAAGUGCUACAUCGUCAACUAGACUAGCUAGCUGCUAGCGGAAGCUUUUGCACCAGCACGAAAUGAUGGUAGUGCGGUCUGUAAGCGCAAUGCAUGUUUGUCUGAAUUAUUAAUCAGUUUAUUAUUCUAAUUGAUGCGAUUAUUCUGUACAUUAGCUCUUGUAAGUACUUCUUGCAGUACACAACUACACAUAGCUGAUGUUCUUUA